AUGGGUGUCUUUUCGAAACGACCUGUCGGGGAUAUCGAGGCUUUGCCAGAGAAGAGAUCGACAUCUGAAAAUGAUAGCGCGGCAUCACAUCGAGAUGAUGGCGCCGUUGCGGCAGAAACAUUUGUUGUUGGCGAUAGCUUCUAUGCUAAAGCACAACGAGCAGCAGGGAAAUUCGGUGUCGAGCAGAGAGGUAUCGAGCGCGUUCCUGAGGAUGAGCGAACGGAUUCUUCAAUGUCUUCAGUAGGGACUUUGUGGCUCUCAGCUAAUAUGGUCGUCUCUUCCUUCGCUAUUGGAGCUCUUGCAUAUCCUAUUUUCUACCUCGGUUUCAUUGAUACCAUUUUGAUCAUCUUCUUCGUAAAUAUCCUAGGUAUCACUCCUGUUUGCUUCUUCUCGACAUUUGGACCUCGCUUUGGCCUCAGACAAAUGGUUCUGAGUCGCUUCUUCUUCGGUUGGUAUGGUGUCAAAAUCAUUGCUGUUUUCAACAUAUUAGCGUGCAUCGGAUGGUCAUCUGUCAAUGUAAUCGUCGGCGCCCAACUCUUCAAUGCAGUGAACGGAAACAUGCCUGGCUGGGCAGGAAUUCUGGUCAUUGCCUUCUCCACCCUCCUAAUCACUUUCUUCGGCUACAAAAUCGUCCACACCUACGAGCGAUACUCCUGGAUCCCAUGCUUCAUUAUCUUCAUGAUCGUCCUCGGAGAAUUCGCCAAGUCAGGCCACUUCCAAAACAUCCCAAUGGGCGUAGGAAAAUCCGAAGCAGGAGCCGCCCUCUCCUUCGCCGCCUCCGUCUAUGGCUUCGCAACUGGCUGGACAUCCUUCGCAGCAGACUACACCGUCUACCAACCCGUCGGACGCUCCCGAAAAGCUAUCUUCCUCUGGACAUUCGCAGGUCUCUCCUUCCCCCUCCUCUUCACCCAAAUGCUUGGUGCCGCAGUAGCCUCCGCCAUGUCCAUCAACGGCGGUGAAAACGAAUACAUGGACGGCUACCACAGCUCUGGCAUCGGUGGUCUUCUCGCCGCAGUAAUGGUGCCAACACUCGGUACAUUCGGCAAAUUCUGCCUCGUCAUCCUCGCCCUAUCAAUUAUCGCAAACAACUGUCCAAACAUCUACUCCGUCUCCCUCACCCUCCAACUCCUCGCCCGCAAAUCCCAGCAAAUCCCCCGUUUUAUCUGGACGUUCGUCGGGACGUGCCUAUACAUCGCCAUUGCCAUCCCAGGAUACGAUCAUUUCGAGUCUAUUCUUGAGAACUUCAUGUUGGUGAUUGGAUACUGGCUCGCUAUUUACGAAGGUAUCUCGCUUAGCGAGCACAUCAUCUAUAAGCGCGGGUUUGGAGGAUACGACGUCGCGGAUUACAUGACUCCAAGUCGUCUUCCGCCUGGAAUCGCAGCGAUGACAGCUUUCUGUUUUGGUGCGAUGGGCGCUGUAUUGGGUAUGGCCCAGGUUUGGUUUACCGGUCCAAUUGGCAAACUCUGCGGAGCGGCAUUCGGUGGUGACGUUGGUUUCGAGCUCGCAUUCACGUUUUCAGCCAUCUCAUAUAUCUUCUUACGAUAUUUCGAGAAGAAACAUUUCGGUCGAUAG